CUUUAAUUGUCUUUCAGAACACACCACGUUUUCUACCGAAGAGGAUAGCAUAACACCAGCGACGAGUACUGAGCCGCCUAGUACUCUGCCAUCGGAAAUGCCGAUCAAGUGCACCCAUGGCGAGUUCGACUGUGGAGAUGGCAUCACCUGUAUCCCGUCUUUAUUGUGGUGCGACGGCAUAAGAGAUUGUCCAAAUGGACUCGACGAGGACUGCAGUGCCACGACCAUGUGCAAAGAAAAUGAGUUCCACUGCCCAAGCCGAUCUCCCAGCGAUUGUCUUCCAAGUUUAUUCCUCUGCGAUGGUACUGAUGACUGCCUAGCAGGUGCGGACGAGUCUCUUUGCGAAGUGUGCCCUGAUUCCUUCUGCCUAAAUGACGGCACUUGCUCUUGGACGCUGCAACACCGGAGUCCUGUGUGCAACUGUUCCGAAGGCUAUAAAGGAAGCCGCUGCCAGCUGCUUGCAACUAGUGUUUCAGCAGAACCGGACAGACUCAGAGUGGCCCGCAGUUCUGCUUCUAUUGUAGCCGGCGUCUUGGUAGCGGUGGCUCUUGCUGCAGUCGGAGUGGUAACAGCAGUGGUUGUUAGCAGGAAAAGACGUGCAGCACAAAAUCCACGGUUACUCUAUAAUGCAGCAUCAUAUGAUGUUACGACUGAGGAAACACAGUUUCGUGAAUGACAGAGAAUCUCGCCUAUAGCAGCAUUACAAAAGGAAGGCCUACCCCUGCCUUUGCCUGCAAGGACAUUUUCGGUGUUUGAAAGCACAGUUAUUUAUUUUUACAAAUAAAGAUCUGCAGUGUGACUUUU